CGUGGGCUAUUCUGUUGUUUACAGGGGAGAUAUCUUCUUACAUAUUCGGCGUAUGGAGGAACGUCCUCCCUUAGUCCGCAUCGGCCGGUCGCCAUACUGUAUGGCCGCAAGCGUCCCUCUUAUUUCUUAGAGAGAUGUCAGAAGGAAAAUCUAACCCCCGGAGGUGUUCCGCCUGACCCGUACUGCUCAGCGUGCUCCUUUUCUUUGCAUUUCUCAUCCUCGUCGCCUAGGUUAGCUUUUCCUUUUGACCUCUGGAAUUCCCAGACCCACCCAAGACAGACUGUGACCUGUUAGAACCCAGCAAGGGAGCGGCGCAAUAGACCCAAGAUGGCGGAGGAAGCGCCAGGAUUCCGCCAACCGAUCAAGAGCAUAGCGGUCAUCAAGGGGAAACCAGCCAAGUUUGAGGCCAUAGUGACAGGCAACCCCGAACCAGACGUCUCAUGGUACCUAAACGGAAAGGAGGUGGCUCACACAGACAAAACUCAAAUCUCGCGAGAAGAGGGCGGGCGCGCAAGUCUCGUGCUGACGUCAGUGACCGACGAUGGCGGGAAUGUCGCCUGCACGGCGAGGAACGCUGAGGGCUCGGCCUCCAGCACUGCCAAGCUUGUUGUUAGAGAACCUCCUGACUUCGUCCAGAGACUAAAGAGUCAGCGGGUGAAGGAAGGUUCCCGUGUGGAGAUGGUGGUGAGGUUCAGGGGCACGCCCAUGCCGAAGAUCAGGUGGUACAGAGAGAGGGCGGAGCUCCAGAGCACGGAGGACUUCAGGAUCGUGACAGAAGGCGACACCAGUCGACUCAUCAUUGAGGAGGUUUAUGAGGACGACUCUGGGAAAUUCAGCGCCACGGCUACAAACGUGGUGGGGAGGGUCAUUUCUGCUGCACACCUCAUGGUGACAGAUACGACUCCCCCUGCGACUCCAACGGGACGUCUGAGUACUCCAGGCAAGCUGACUCCAGGAGCCUCCCCGGGACUCGCGCCUUCCCCCGCCGGAGCUGCGGCGGCUCCCGUGACUCCAAUGACGGGAGCGCCAGUGGCCAAGGACGCGGCAGUCGUGAAGCCUCUAGCGGUCAAACCUGCAGAUGAAGCAGCCCCUGUAGCUGUUAAAGCAGGAGAGAAAAGACCUGCAGAAGCUAAGGCUGGAGAAAUACCAGCUGCCAAAAAGGUAGCAUCAAAGGAUGACGAACAGAAACCUGUUCCAAUGGAAGUGGACCAAGCGGCCGGAAAAGCCGCAGGGGAAGCCGUGACACCGAGGGUUGCAGGGGACGGCCAAGAGGAGGUUAGACCUGCCGCCGAGGGUACAGAUAAAGAAGCUAAAGCAUUCCCAAGUCCUCUGGGAGUAAAACCGAGUGACGUAGACGACACGUCAGUGACCCUAAAGUGGACCCCCGUGACGGGCGCCACGGACUACAGAAUUGCGGUGACCCCGCCCGAUGGUAAGGUCGUUGACCCGGUGGGAGGACCGUCCGUGUGGGAGAGGACAGUGGACGGCCUCCGUCCUGGACAGGAGUACGUCUUCACCGUGACCGCCAUCGGGCCGGAGGGACAGAGCAAUCCUUCUAAGCCAGUGAAAAUAAGCACAGCGGGUGCAGCUGGAAAGGCCAAGGUGAUCUCUCCACCGACCGGGAAGAAAAAACAAGUUAGCGCGGAGGGUGGGAAAUUGAAGCGGGAGGGAAGUGGCGACGACACCGUCACAUCUCCGAGUCAGCUCCGCCGACAAGGUGAUCUGAUCACGUCUCCCAGUCAGUUACGGAGACAAGGCACCGAUGACUCGGCCUCCGUGAGUUCAUUCCACACGGCAACGGGAGAGGAGGUCAUGUCCAUCAGCUCGUACGCUACAGCAGAAGCCGGCACCCUGGAAGGAUCUCCUAGCGUUCAGGUUCCUCAGCCGAAGCUAUUCAUGUCGGGCUUGCUGUCUGGGAUUCCCGGUGCCUUCUCUAGUCUACAUGCUGGCCAGGCCGGUCUGGCUUUAAACCAACAACAAACGCAGAUGGCAUCAGAAGUGUCUACAAUAGAGGAGAUGUCGGAGGGAGAAGAGGACGAGUUGGCAGGGGCACCGGAGUUCAACAGGGGCCUAGAGAGCUGCCAGGUCGCCAGAGGAGAGUCCGUCAGAUUCGAGUGCGAAAUCUCUGGAUCCCCGCCUCCUACCAUCAUAUGGCUCAAGGAUGGGAAAGAGAUUGACGAAGAUAACCAACACUUUGCCAAGUAUGGUGAUGACGGUAGUUUUGCGCUGGUCAUCACUAACGUCACCGAUGCCGACUCGGGUGCGUACAGUUGCCAAGCAACAAGCAAGAAGGGACAGGCAACUAGUACCGCGGAACUCACCGUCAAACCACAUGCAAUUGGUGGAGAGGAAACGAGAGGUGAGAAAAUCGCGCCGAUAUUCGCGGCCAAACUGACGGAUGUCAAGGUGUCAGAGGGAGCAGAUGCCCGAUUCGACUGCGUGGUCGCAGGGACUCCUGGGAUUGAAAUCACGUGGCUUAAAGAUGGCGUCCCUGUGGGCAACGGCGGCAAUCGGAUGCUGACGUUUAGGGGGGACGGCAGUUGUUCCCUGGACGUCAGGAACGUCACCUGUGAUGACGGCGGCGUGUACGAGGUGCAGGCGGCUAACAUCGCAGGGACGGCAAAGUGUUCGGCUGUGCUGGUUGUACCACAACUGGAACAAAAGAACUCUGUCCAUACACAUAAGCCAGCCUCGCAACCAGUGUCAUUAGCCACAAUACAGGAGGAGGUCAAAGUUCAAGAUUUAAAGCCACCAACAGAAAUCAAUACCACGUACGUGAGUGAUUCCGCCAUCACGGUGUCAUGGAAACCUGUUGCCGGGGCAACCGAUUAUAACGUCAUAGUCAGUCCGGCAGACGGUGUGGUAAGAGCCUCCGACGACGGACCGACAUUUCCCCAGAGAAGAGUCGAAGGGCUCAGGAGUGGGACCGAGUACACGUUUACUGUCGUGGCCACCCGGAAAAACGGCCAUGCUGUUGCCGGUGUGCCGCUGACCCAGACCACCAGAGAGCUCCCUACACCCGGUGCUCUACGUUCCGAAUCGGUGACAGACACCGGGAUGACGCUGGCCUGGUUGCCGACGCCCGGCGCUACCGACUAUGAGGUUAGCAUCAGCCCUCCUGGUGGAGACGUCCACCCGCCAAGCGGAGCUCCCACCGAGCCCCAGCGGGUCAUCAGUGGGCUGGAGCCCGCCAAGGAAUAUGAGGUCACCGUCACCGCCAAGAUCGGCGACAAACGCAGUGCGCAGUGCGAGCCGUUUAAGGUUACCACUAAACCUCUUGGAACGCCUGCGGGAUUCAAUGCCAACAAGAUCACAGACAACAGCAUGUUCGUCUCGUGGACGCCUGUAAACGGUGCCACUGACUACGAAGUCAGACUGGACCCACCGGCCGGCGACGUGAAACUGACGGAGAAAGGCUCGACUGUCCCCGAAAGGCAGCUGACCGGGCUGUCCGGUGGGAUUGAGUACCGCAUCAGUGUGGGCGCCAAGAACCAGAAGGGCGAUGUGGUGUGGGCGGAACCUUUCUCAGUUGACACAAAAGACCUUCCCACUCCAAGCGGAACAGAUGUGUCGGGUCUAACGGAUAAUGAGAUGACGGUAGCCUGGAAGCCCGUCCCCGGAGCCACAGACUACAUCCUCAAGGUCCAGCCGCAGGUCGGCGAGGUCCAGGUGCCACCGGAGGGUCCGGGAGAGGCCAGGCGGCACCUGACGGGACUGUUACCGAAUGUAGACUACACUGUCGUGGUGGAGGCAAAGGGUGACAAGCGGAAGAGGAGUGCACCUUGCGCACCAAUUAAAGUAAAGACAAAGGCCCUGUGCAGCCCUUCGGACAUCAAGCCCAGCAGUGUGACGGCCAGUACGGCGAUGUUAGAAUGGGAGAUGGUGCCAGGCGCCACCGACUACAAAGUGCACAUGGAGCCGUCGGACGGACAGGUGACCAAACCUAAGAAAGGUGGACAUCUUCCUCAGCGCGAGGUCACGAACCUGACCCCCGGGAGGGAGUACGUCUUCAAGAUCACCGCCGUCAGCCCCGCUGGGAAUAGUGCACCGUCUCAGGAGAUCAAGAUCAAUACUCCAGGCAUUGCGGGCCCGUCUGACCUUAAAGUACCAACCGUAACGAACACGGAAGCCACACUGUCCUGGGCUCCUGUCCCCGGAGCUAAGGAUUACAAGCUUCGGACACAGCCAAAACACGGAGACGUGGCCACGCCCACGGGUGACGCAACUUCCGCUCAGAGAACAAUAUCCGGUUUACAGCCGGGAACCAAUUACAGCGUGUACGUUAGCGCCGUGACAGACCGAGGCGUUGGAGCGGAGUCCCAGCCCGUCCAGAUCAAGACCAAGGCUUUGCCUUGUCCUUGCUCCCUCAAUGCUUCGGAGGCGACUGACUCGGAGUUUAAAGUGGCAUGGCUUCCCGUAGAGGGAGCGGAGAACUACGUAGUAACGAUAGAUCCACCCGGCGGCCAAGUGUCUGAAGUGACGGGCGACCCGUCCAGCCCGGCCCGCGUUAUCAGCGGACUGGAGGCCGGCAAGGAAUAUCGGGUAUCCGUCACAGCUACUGGCAAGAAAGGAGAUAGUGCUCCCUGUGAACCAUUCAGCGUGAAAACGAAAGUUCUUUGCGCCCCGGCCGGUAUUUCCGCUACCGCCAUCACGGCCUCAAGCUUUGAAGUGACCUGGACGCCUGUCCGAGGUGCGUCCGAGUAUGACGUCAGAAUGAAUCCGGAUUCCGGAAAAAUCGAGGUCCCGAGUGACGGCCCUUCAGCACCAAGGAGAAGUAUCACUGGACUGAGCGCCGGAAUCGAGUACCAAAUCACAGUUGUGGCAAAGAAGGAAAGUGGAGCCGCACAACCAAGCGAACCGUUCAUGGUGAAAACGCGAACUAUACAAUCUCCAAAAGCCCUGAAUGCCCCAUGGGUAACUGACUCAGACCUUACCCUUACUUGGGAGAAAGUUCGCGGGGCGACUGAUUACUCCGUCCGGCUGCAGCCACCAGCAGGGGAGGUUACCGAGACGGAGAGAGGUCCAGCGGCGCCCGAGAGGCGUGUGACGGGCCUCCUACCGGGAACCGAGUACAAAAUCUCAGUGGAGGCCGUCGGCUCGGAAGGACACAGCUCCCCGAGUCACAUCAAAAUUGCAACAAAACCACUAAGAGCGCCGUUCGACCUGGCGGCGACGUCGAUCACCGACCGGACGCUGCUGGUGUCUUGGCCGGCCGUCCCGGGUGCCACCGACUACAGGGUCACGAUGGACCCGCCCGACGGAGAGGUGACGGUAGCCAGGAAUGCUAUCGCGGAGUCCAAGCGGGAAAUCAAGGGACUGCAGCCUGGCAAAGAGUACCAAAUCACCGUGCUGGCGCUCAGUCCUGUGGGUUCCAGCGCACCUUCCGAGUCGUUCGUUGUCAAGACGAGAGCUCUAGCGGCUCCGUCUGCCAUCUCUACCGCCACGGUAACGGAUAACAGUGCAGGCCUGAAGUGGACCGCAGUCCCCGGCGCCACAGACUACACAGUCACGGUGGAACCCGCCGGUGGGGAGGUGUGGGAGACCCAGGCGGGCCCUGGCGACCCCGAGCGGGUCAUCACGGGACUGCAGUCCGGGACAGAGUACGAGAUUACCGUGUCGGCCACAGGUCCUGACGGAACUAGCGCACCGAGUGAAAGGAUAAAGAUAAAGACAGAAGCCUUAGCCGCCCCGUCGGAAGUAAAGCAAGCCACGGUGGCUAACGAGGAGAUUGUCCUGAAGUGGAAGCCGGUCGCCGGCGCCACGGACUAUGAGCUGACCGUGGAACCCCCGGCAGGGGACAUCGUGGCCAUGAAGGGUGACCGUGCCCGGCCCAUGCGCCGUCUGACCGGCCUGACUCCCGGAACCGAGUACAAGAUCGUCGUGGUGGCCAAAGACGCAAAGGGCAACACAAGGAAGUCCGAUACCAUCUCGGCAACAACUCUAAACAUUCCAAAGGCCGAGGGCCUCCGAGCCUACGACAUUACCGACACAACAGUUUAUCUACAAUGGUCUGCCAUCUCCGGGUCCAAGGACUACACCAUCAACCUCAGACCGUCCGCCAUCGCCUCGGUUAGCGCCCCGGAGAAUGACAUGACGAAGCCCGAGCGGCUGGUGCAGGGACUGCAGCCUUCCACGGAGUACAACAUCUCAGUGUCGGCCAUCACCGCUGACGGCCGCGGACCACCAUGCAACCCAGUCACCAUUGUGACCAAAGGUAUGUACCAACAAUUCUAA